ACGCGCCCGCGACGAGCGCUGACGUAAGCAGGAGGAGCUGCGGUUCGUCGAGCUUUGUUUAUUCCCAGUUUACUCUCCGCGCCGAUGGUCGGACGCCGGGAUUACGCCGCUGCGUAGUUAUUUAAACGUCGGAUAUUUGUGUAUAUAAUAAAGUUGAGUGGUACCAUGUUCCAUGGAAUACCUGCUUCAGGAGGGAUGGGAGGUGCUCCAGCCAAUAAGCCAGAAUUGUAUGAGGAGGUGAAGCUUUAUAAAAAUGCAAGAGAAAGAGAAAAGUAUGACAACAUGGCAGAACUGUUUGCUGUGGUAAAGACGCUCCAAGCCUUAGAAAAAGCUUACAUUAAGGACUGUGUAACACCCAAUGAAUACACAGGUGCCUGCUCAAGAUUGCUUGUCCAGUACAAGGCUGCUUUCAGACAGGUCCAGGCAUCAGACGUUGGCUCCAUCGAUGACUUCUGUAGGAAAUACAGGCUUGACUGUCCACUGGCAAUGGAGAGAAUCAAAGAUGACCGCCCCAUUACUAUAAAGGAUGACAAAGGCAACCUGAAUCGCUGCAUUGCAGAUAUCGUAUCUCUCUUCAUCACAGUGAUGGACAAACUGAGACUGGAGAUUCGAGCCAUGGAUGAGAUUCAGCCAGAUCUUAGGGAGCUGAUGGAGACCAUGAACAGGAUGAGCAAUAUGCCACCAGAUUCAGAGGCUAAAGACAAGGUCAACCUCUGGUUGACCACUCUGAGCAGCAUGUCUGCUUCUGACGAGCUGGAUGACUCUCAGGUUCGUCAGAUGCUGUUUGACCUGGAGUCUGCCUACAAUGCCUUCAACCGGUUCCUACACUCCUCCUAAAUAAUGUCAACAUUGGACCCAGAACUGCACUUACUCUACUUGACUGGCCCUCGGUCAUCCAGUUCCUGGUCCCUUUGCUCCCUACUGGAAGCCUCUUAUGGAUACAGAACUCUAAUGUUUAGGAAUCUAAUGCAGAGACUCUUUAAUACCCCUCUGGGGAUUUAAUAAGGAAUGCGUGUCUGCUGACGUUGCUCUCAAGCUCUUUCUUUGUCAUUUAUGUAGCUUUAACUAACUAUAAUUUCAGAUUUGUUAUAUUGUGAGCCUGCUUAAAUCGAUCUAUACCCAUUAGAUAGAGGCCUCAUGCAUAUUGCUUCUUUGAGGAAAGAACAGUGCUUUCCUACACUCUUAAAAAGAUGGUUCUUUUGUAAAGAAAAUGGUUCUCUAUAGAACCAUAAAUACUCAAAUAUAACCCAUUGUAUGUUAAAGGGUUCUUUGCAUGAUGAAACGUUUCUUCAGAUAGAUGGAAAUUGUGCGUGAAUGUGUCGGGUCUAUAUAGAACCUUUUUGAAAAGGGUUGUUUGUAGAACCUGAAAGAGUUCUUCUUUUGUUAUAAGCUUGAUGUAACAACAGAAUCCUUGUGGGUGCUAAACAGAACCGUUUUCAAAAAGGUUUCAAAUAGAACUGUCUGCAGAGCAUUCUCCAUCAAUCUGAAGAACCUUUUCUUGAUGCAAAGUACCCUUUUAAUCAUGUGAAAGGUUCUUUGAGUGUUCAUGGUUCUAUAUAUAAAACAAUUUUCUUUACUAAAGAACCCUUGAAGAACCAUAUUUUUUUAAGAGUAUAUGCCACACAAUCAACACACAUUUGGAUGUUUUUAAUCUUCACUAAAGAGAUUUGCCUCUAAAACUUUUGGAUUUGCAGCUGAGGAAUCUACUCAGAAUUAGAGCUAGGUUUUAAGUAACCCAUCUGAAUUAAUCUUCAAUCUGAUGAUUUUUCCUUCCACACGUAAAAUACCUUUGUUAAAGGAACCUUGUUCUGAAUGGCCUGCACUGGAACUUAUACUGCAGUGUCCUAUGACAUGGAAAGUAGACAGCAGCUUUGAGAACAUAAUAGUUUGUGGGGUUUUGGCAAAGCUGCAAAAAUGCGCUCAAAACAACAAAUCUUGCAUUAAUUGUAGGAAUCUAAUAGACUCAUAUUGUCAUUGAUUGUGUUGGGCAGCUUAAACAUGUUUACGCUCAUGUUGAAGUUGCGGCACCUCAAAUCUUUACAGAGAAACAUGAUCGGAGGGUUUACAAUGCCUGGUGAUGGAAAUCCUUUUAAUUUUAAUUACAAUUCUGUAAUAAAGCUCUUGUCUUAGAUUUUUGUCUUAUCGCAGUUUAAUUUUCCUAGUAUUUGUAAAUCAGCAAAUCAGUUCAAUAAAUUGUCAACAGGGAUGAUUUUGUUUAAUUUCUCUGUUCUUUGGUUGCAGAAAAUCGUUUCACUUUAUUGUAAGAGAAGUCAUAUUUAUGAAAGGACCACUGUUGGGGGGGGGGGGUUAAAAUGAAGCAUGUAAAUCUUUCAGAAAUAAAAAA